AUGUCUAAUGUGUAGGAUGCCAUCUUGUUGUCUCCUUCGUUCUAGACGAAUGAUUGGUCGAUGAUUUUUCUAUGCAUUAUGCAUCUAUGCAAACAAGUUAGAUGUAAUCUAUGCAAGUCGCAGCUGAAGUUGGAUCAAAUGCACACAAAUCGAGUUAUCAAGUAUGAAUUUGACGCGAUGUAUAAAAUAUGUAGUGUGCAACAAAAAAUUUAUAAAUAUCAAUUUAUGUAAAUUAUAUAAAAAGAUUAAUUAGAUACAAAAGAUUAUUGAGAGAUUGAUGUAGCUAAUAGAAUAAAUCUCUUUCGCGAUAUUAUAUUUCAUUCAAAAAGUUUUCAUCAAUCAAGAUUGUUUGAUGGCGUCGAUUUGUUUACUAACCGGCUGAAGGUGUUGGAAAGAAAUUUAACAGCUCGAUGUAUUCUGUGAACGAUCAGAAUAUUAUACAAAAUGGCACAGUCUAAUCAAAUGAUUGAAACUCUUGACGAUUGUUUUUUUAAAACAGCAGAUAAUAUUAUGAAAUACUACGUUAAUGAAGAAGAGAAAAAGAAAACAUUGGAAGAAUUGAGAAGUAUCUUAAAAGAAAGUUGUAGCGAAUCUGCAAGAAUAUUGGCUGCAAGUAAAAUCAAAGAACAACUCGAACUCACGUUUGAUCCAGAAGCUAAAAAUGUUGAAGACAUUAUAAAGGAGUAUAAAGAAGCUAUAUUUAACAUUCAAGUUGAUUUAUCAGAAUAUAAUAGGCUCUUGGAAUAUGAUCGGCAGAUUGAAGUAUUGCAUCAAGCUAAUGAAGACACACCGAGUAACGAGUUGGACGACACAGAUGCGGAUUUACAAUUGACAGGUCUUGAUAUAAACGUGAUUGAUCCAAUUUCGAAAACAAGAAUGACCAAUCCAGUAAAAAAUGCAGCCUGUGGUCAUGUAUACGAUAAAGCAAGUCUUAUCGCAAUGUUAGAAAAAAAUAAAAACACCAGGUGUCCUGUAGUAGGCUGCACUAAUCUGACCUAUAUAGAUUUAAACCAAUGUCGCACUGACAUUGUGACAAAAACGUACCUGGAAAGAAAUCCUGUUUAGAUUUGAAAGCAAUUGAUGCAAGAAUCCAUGUUAGACAUGCAUUGGUUGUAGCUUUAAAAUGUUUACAUUUUUAUACAAAACAGUUAUUUUUCCUACAUUGUGCAAAACUUGCUUUAACAACCAAUUAAGUACUCGCCAAUAUAAUGCAAGAAAUAAUAUUAUACUUCUUUAUAUAUGAAGAUAUA